GAGCCGGGCGGAGGCAGGGUAGCGGCGGCGGGCGAGCGGCUUCCAGUCCAAUGCCCGGCAGCCUGGGGGCGAGCAGCGACUGCGCCUUCUUGCCGCGGCACGGCGAGCGCCGCCAGCCUCGGAGUUUUCCUGGAGCAGCUUUCGCACCGGGAACACUUUUGGUAGAAAGGGAGCAGGACAAGACCCCGAAAUGACUUACCUCCCGAGGCACGGCUGAAGGGGACUUACUGGAGUGGAGUCGUAGUGGAAUUUGGGUUUGGAGAGGAGUUGCGAACGCUUUUUUUCUUUUUCUUUUUUUUUCUUUUUUUCUUUUUUUUUUCCACUCCUGUUCCCUCUUUUCGCCCGUCAUUGGAAAUGAACAAAUUGCACUUGCAAUUCAGAAAGUAGAAAUAUUAAAUAUUCCAUCCCCUGGGAAGCACAUAUGUAGUAAUGACAAAGGAUUGCAAAGGAGAGAGUGGCUCCAGUUUCCCAGAGAGAUCCCCUUAAAUGGAUUACUAAAUGGGACACACCAUCAGCUAGUUCUGUCCUCUAGCUGCCCAGAUAGAUGCACCGAAAAGUGUGAAGUGAAGAAGUCUCCCAGCUGAACUACUAUGAGGUCAGAAGCCUUGCUGCUAUAUUUCACACUGCUACACUUUGCUGGGGCUGGUUUCCCAGAAGAUUCUGAGCCAAUCAGUAUUUCGCAUGGCAACUAUACAAGACAGUAUCCGGUGUUUGUGGGUCACAAGCCGGGACGGAACACCACGCAGAGGCACCGGCUGGACAUCCAGCUGGUCACGGUCAUGAACAGAACCCUCUACAUUGCUGCUAGGGACCAUAUUUAUACAGUUGAUAUGGACACAUCAUAUACAGAAGAAAUUUAUUUUAGCAAAAAACUGACGUGGAAAUCUAGACAAGCUGAUGUAGACACAUGCAGAAUGAAGGGAAAACAUAAGGAUGAAUGUCAUAAUUUCAUUAAGGUUCUCCUAAAAAGAAAUGAAGAUACUCUGUUUAUCUGUGGAACAAAUGCAUUCAACCCUUCUUGCAGGAACUACAAGGUGGAUACACUGGAGUUCCUGGGUGAUGAGUUCAGUGGAAUGGCCAGGUGCCCCUACGAUGCAAAGCAUGCCAACGUUGCAUUGUUCGCGGAGGGAAAGCUGUAUUCUGCCACAGUGACUGACUUCCUAGCAAUAGAUGCAGUCAUAUACCGGAGCCUUGGAGAAAGCCCAACUCUGCGGACAGUGAAACAUGACUCAAAGUGGUUGAAAGAACCAUACUUUGUCCAGGCAGUGGACUACGGCAAUUAUAUUUACUUCUUCUUCCGGGAAAUAGCAGUGGAGUACAACAGCAUGGGAAAGGUAGUUUUCCCGAGGGUGGCUCAGGUUUGCAAAAAUGAUAUGGGAGGAUCUCAGAGAGUGCUGGAAAAACAGUGGACUUCCUUCCUCAAGGCUCGUUUGAACUGCUCAGUUCCGGGUGAUUCACACUUCUACUUCAACAUACUGCAGGCAGUUACAGAUGUUAUCCAUUUCAAUGGCCGGGAUGUUGUUUUAGCAACCUUCUCCACUCCAUAUAACAGCAUCCCUGGCUCUGCAGUCUGUGCCUAUGACAUGCUUGACAUUGCCAGUGUAUUCACUGGGAGAUUCAAGGAACAAAAGUCUCCAGACUCCACAUGGACACCGGUUCCUGAUGAAAGAGUGCCCAAACCCAGACCAGGUUGUUGUGCUGGUUCUACAUCAUUAGAAAAAUACUCAUCCUCUAGUGAGUUCCCAGAUGAUACUCUGAACUUCAUCAAAACACACCCACUGAUGGAUGAGGCUGUACCUUCCAUUGUCAAUCGACCCUGGUUCCUGAGAACGAUGGUCAGAUACCGCCUGACCAAAAUUGCUGUCGACUCUGCUGCUGGGCCAUAUAAGAACUACACUGUGGUUUUCUUGGGAUCAGAGAAGGGAAUCAUCCUGAAGUUCUUGGCACGGACAGGAAACAGCGGUUUCCUAAAUGACAGCCUUUUCCUGGAGGAGAUGAACAUCUACAAUCCUGAAAAGUGCAGUUACGAUGGCAUGGAAGACAAGCGUAUUGUGGCCAUGCAGCUUGACAAACCCAGCAGCUCCCUUUACGUUGCCUUCUCCACCUGUGUCAUCAAGGUUCCCCUGGGGCGGUGUGAGCGUCAUGGCAAAUGCAAAAAGGCCUGCAUAGCAUCCAGAGACCCCUACUGUGGCUGGGUGAAGGAGAGUGGGGCGUGCACACAGCUGGUCCUUGGUGCUAAGCUGGUGUUUGAGCAGGACGUAGAACAUGGCAAUACAGAUGGCCUGGGGGACUGCCAAAAUUCCUUCGUAGCCCUGAAUGACAUUUCAACUGCUUCACCUGAUCAUGAAAUGUCUUACAACACAGUGUAUGGACAUUCCAGUUCACUAGUUCCAAGCACCACCUCUUCCGACUCUUGGGCUCGACAGGGUUAUGAUGCUAGGGGACGCAUGCUGGAUUGGAAGGAUCCGCUUGGUUCAUCCGAAAAUACAGAUCCAUAUGUGGCAGUUUCAUCCCAUAAUCAUCAAGACAAGAAGGGAGUGAUUCGUGAGAGUUACCUGAAGGGUCAUGAUCAGCUGGUGCCGGUCACCCUGUUGGCCAUUGCAGUAAUUCUAGCUUUUGUAAUGGGGGCCGUCUUUUCGGGCAUCGUAGUGUACUGUAUCUGUGACCAUCGCCGCAGAGAUGUGGCUGUUGUGCAGAGAAAGGAGAAGGAACUGACCCACUCCCGCCGCGGCUCCAUGAGCAGUGUUACCAAGCUCAGUGGCCUCUUUGGAGAUGCUCAGUCCAAAGAGCCAAAGCCUGAAGCUAUCCUCACACCUCUGAUGCACAAUGGCAAGCUGGCCACACCAGGCAGCACUACCAAGAUGCUAAUCAAGGCUGACCAGCACCAUCUGGACCUGGCUGCCCUGCCAACCCCAGAGUCCACCCCAACCCUGCAGCAGAAAAGGAAGCCCAGCCGUGGCAGUAGAGAGUGGGAAAGAAACCAGAACCUCAUCAAUGCCUGCACAAAAGAUAUCCCCCCAAUGGCCUCACCCGUGAUCCCAACUGACCUGCCACUCAGGGCUUCUCCUAGCCACAUUCCCAGUGUUAUGGUUCUGCCCAUUGCCCAGCAAGGCUACCAACACGAGUAUGUUGACCAGCCAAAAAUAAGUGAUGGGGCUCAGAUGUCUGUGGAGGACCAGAAUGCCACCCUUGAGUACAAAACCAUCAAGGACCAUCUCAGUAGCAAAAGCCCCAGCCAUGGGGUUAACCUGGUGGAAAAUCUUGACAGCAUGCCGCCAAAGGUACCUCAGCGGGAAGCCUCACUCGGGCCGCCGAGCACCUCCCUGUCUCAGAGUGGCCUGAGCAAGCGGCUAGACGUGCAUUCUUCUGCUUACAACGUGGACUACAAGAGAAACUACCCUACAAACUCGCUCACAAGAAGUCACCAGGCGUCGACCCUCAAAAGAAACAACACCAACUCCUCUAACUCAUCACACCUCUCUCGAAAUCAGAGCUUCGGCAGGGGUGACAACCCACCGCCAGCUCCGCAGCGGGUGGACUCCAUACAAGUCCACGCUGCACAGGCACAGGCCAUGACUGUAUCACGACAGCCGAGUCUCACCACGUACAACUCUCUGACCAGGUCAGGGUUGAAACGCACGCCCUCGCUAAAGCCAGACGUACCUCCCAAACCUUCCUUUGCUCCGCUCUCCACGUCCAUGAAGCCCAAUGACGCGUGUACAUAAUCACAGUGGGGUGGGUGGGGGGAGAACGGCAGUUAAGCAGAAGUUGCCCUUGAAAGAGAGUGUUCUGCAACUGCUCCUCUGAGAAGAUGGUUGUUGCAAGCUGAGGACGUGUUUGUUUCUGCUCUCUGGGAAAAGUGGAAUAUUUUUUUAACCCGAGCCAUAUGACCUAUGGUUGAAGGUUUGCAAUCGCAGGACUCGCCCCCACAGCCCUUCAGUUCUUUGCUCAAAGGACUAGCUCUCCAUCACAAACAUUGAGCCAAAAGCACACAGGUGAAAGAUGACUGUGACAUUUCACCCCUCCCCCUCCCCCUCAAACUGCACAGUGCAUUCCUGAACUGGGAAAGAGUGCUCUGGAAAGCAAAACCAGUAAUUAAAAACAAAAUAAAAGUAGGAAGAAAAAAAAAAAAAAAGGAAAAAGGAAAAAGAAAAAAAAGAAAGAAAAAAGAAUCCAUUGAUAAAGCUAACUCUGACUUAACAAUGGCAGAAGUUUACUAAAUGCAGGUACUGUGAAAUGCCCAUCAGUGUUACAGCCAUUUGGUUACAGCAGUUAUAAUGCCGUGCUGGGCAAACUAUGUCAUAGAUUUCUGCUACCUUUCUCUUUUAAUGAGUAACGUGACUGUUAACGCAAGUAACUCCUCUUAUUUAUUGUUCAACUUUUGUUUUUCCUAAGGAAAUGACUUCCGCAUAUCAUCCUGUGAGCAGUUCUUCAGAGAAGUACCUUGAAAGUUAUACCUAUUUAACGUGAAACCCGUUAACUGGAGUAAUUAAAACUUUUAUUUUUCCAAUAAAUUCACUGAGUUAAUUAAGUUGGAGCUGGAAUUCUGAACUUUGUGCCUGGACUGUCUGAUUAGCUGAAAAAAAACGGGGAUAUCUAUUUAAAUCUCUCAGCUAAUUAGCUGGCUUGGCCUCUGACCUAAGACAGCGACAAACAAAUACCACAGGUUCAUAACUUGUAACGCAACUGCAAGAGAAACUCUUUAAAAGCUGCACAUUUGUGUGCCAUUGCUAUCAACAUAGCUUUGUCAGUAGCUAAUUCUUUCCGUGACGGCACCAGCUUGUGAAUUGCCAUCUCAUUUCACCUUGCAUGUGAGACGGCAAACGAAAUCCUCAAACAGUGUGAACUAAUUAAUAUGCCGGCUGUUACCAUGCAUAAAUUAUGGUCUUAUCACACGGGUUUUUCGUGGGAAUAUAUCUGUGAAUAGCCUGUUUUCUUCCACAUGUAAAUUUGUGCCUUACACCCUCAGUUGUGUAUAAUUGUGAGCUGUAGUAUGUAAAAAACCUUUUUCUUUUUCCCCUCGGAGUAAUGCAAAUAUUUAUUGGUCCUCCCUCCUCCGCGCCCGCUCGAGAACUGGAGCAAGGCAUUCGAAGAAGAAUGCGGCGGCUAUCAGCAUCACCCCACAACCGUUGCUAGACCAGGCCAGUGCCAUCCCCUCUGGGUCGGUUCCACUUUCCAGCCGUGCCAAGCCCUCUCCCCAGAGCACUCUCCCUCCGCGCUGCCUUGCAGCUCCGUGCCUCCCCCCGCCCAGCGACCGCUCUCGUGGCAGCAGAGGAGACACCAACACCUUGUCCUUGGGGACAGCGUUGUCAUCCAUCUGCAGACAGGCACCAGGGCAAGAGGGGCCGUGCCUGCAAGCAGCCCGGCAGCAUAUCCUGCAUCGCGCCAGGCAUGCGGAGCUAAGCCGGGUGGGCAGACUCCUGCUGCAGCGACCUGCUGCUCCGGAAGGAUGCUGCAUGUACUCCCCUGGGGAAAAAAAAAAAAACAAAAAAAAAACAAAAAAAAAAACCAACAACAAAACAAAAACAAAAAAAAAACACACAUUUUUGUUUGUUUGUUUUUUUUUUUUUCCUUUGUUUCUUUGGUGCGACUGUGCAUGUAGCUAUGUGGGAGUGUGCGCGCGCACAGGUGUGUGCGUGUGUGUGUGCGCGCGCAGGCGUGUAAGUCCCUUUUUCCACUCUUUCAGUUUAUGCAAAAAAGAAAGAAAAAAAGAAAAAAAAGAAAAAAAAAGUAGAUGUGUUUUAAAUUUGUUACGAUAACUGUGUCAACAUACUGUAGACAAACGAUGGGGAUCGCUUCUAAGCUUUUUAUAUAUAUAUAUAUCUAUAUCUACUGAACAGUAUGUUUGAGUAAGGUGGUUGUUUCUGUUUCAAUUUGUUUUUUAAAAUUUUAUACUUCAAUUUGCUUUCCAGGAUUUUGGUUUUGUUUCUGAAUGACUGAAAAGACAGAUUUCAAGUCCGUUAGCUUAUAGAUGGUAUAUAUAAAGUCUGAAUGGUUUAGACCAAAGUGUGUAACAAGGGUGCUUGCAUGUGAUUUCAUUUCAUCAUGGUUUCUUUUACGACACAGUUUUGUUCACCUUUAGUGAACUAUGCAGACUGGAUUAGGUAGAUCUGUAUCCAAAGCAAUGUUGUUGAUUUAAUAAAAGCAAACAGAAAAGAAGAACUUUAAAAACCAUAGGUAGCAAGGUCAUUUUUGGAAAGAACCGACUCACAGCCUUUUCACCAGGCUCCAACUCCUCCCCCCCCUCCCCCCCCCCCCCCCGAGUACCAAAAUGCACAGGUCCAUUGCUAUGACUUGGCAGAGUCUUCUGUCAAAACACAGAAAUGAAUAAUCACAGCAACAGCUCGUAUGGCGAUCUGCCUUUGUAACAUACAUUGCAUCCGCUGCUCGUUUGACCUUGAAAUGCCCGUUUUGUACUCAAUGGAUUUUCUGUUCUCAUUCUCCUGCUUCACCCUUUCUUUCGAGGGGUUCAUAAGCCUAUGUGUGCCUUUGCUUUCCACCCUUGCUAUACACUGGUAGAUGCAACAGAUUCAGACUCUCAUUUGCUGUAAAGUUGUAGAGUAUUGUGAUGUCACCGGUUUCCCUUCAUUUCCACAUCCCCGUAACAUCAGAUUCACACCUUAAUGUACGUUGUAAAAAAG